AUGAAGUUAAGAGUGGGUCUUACCCUGGUGGGGCUUCUGACCUGCAACCGCGCCCUGUUGCAGCUUGAGGCGGCUCGGUGCCUUCAUGAACUCUCUCAUUCUGAGCAAUCUGUGGUGGCUGAAGCCUGCCUACCAGCUACUUCCUACCUCCUCACCUACCUCUCCGGUCACAGUUCAGACUUCAUAGAGCUGUGUCUUUAUACGCUGGGAAACCUGAUUGUGGAGAGUGAGGCUGUGAGGAAGCAGCUCCUGCCACAGGGCAUUGUUCCAGCCUUGGCCUCCUGCAUCCAGUCCCCGCACGUGGCUGUGCUGGAAGCUGUUGGAUAUGCCUUGUCCCAGCUUCUGCAGGCUAAGGAAGCUCCAGAGGAGAUUAUUCCCUGUAUCCUGAACUCCACCCUGCCACAGCACAUGCUACAAUUGAUGUGGCCAGGCCCAAAGCUCAACCCUGGGGUUGCUGUGGAGUUUGCAUGGUGCCUUCACUACAUCAUCUGCAGCCAGGUCAAUAAUGCCCUGCUUAUCACUCAUGGAGCUCUGUCUACUCUGGGGCUGCUGCUGUUGGACUUGGCUGAGGUUGUCCAGAGAACAGAGGAUGCAGGACUGGAGCUGCUUGCAUGCCCUGUGAUUCAGUGCCUAAGUAAUCUGCUAACAGAGGUGGCAGUAGAGGAUGUGGGAGGUCAAAUGCAGCUCCAAGAUGAACGUAUUGUGGCAGCCUUAUUUAUCCUAUUUGAGUUCUUCCUUCAGAAACAGCCCAGCCUGCUUCCUGAGGGCCUCUGGCUCCUUAACAAUCUUACUGCAAACAGUCCUACUUUGUGUACUUCUUUGCUCUCCCUGGAGCUGAUCGAACCCCUCCUGCAGCUGUUAUCAGUGUCAAAUGUGGUGAGCAUACUGGUACUCACAAUUCUGUGCAAUGUUGGGAAGGGUCCAGCUUACUGCCAGCAGCUGUGGCCAGGGCCCUUGCUCCCCUGCUUGCUAAACACAGUGACCCUCUCAGACAUUGAGGUAGUAGGCCAGAGUUUGGAGCUGCUACAGCUGCUAUUCCUCUAUCAGCCAGAGGCUGCCCAGGCCUUCCUGCAGCAAUCUGGGCUUCAGGCCUUGGAAAGGCAUCAGGAGGAAGUCCAGCUUCAGGAUCGAGUGUGUGCUCUCCGGCAGACAGCUCUUCAUGGCUGACCUGGCUUCUCAUGUACUCCAUUCUCUCACCAGUCACUUUGCUCAUUUUCUUUCCAGAGGAUUAGGACCAUUAUAAACUGUUUUCUCCUCCUGUAUCUUAUACUGUUCGAACGGGAGAACCAGGGGGGUGCUUUAUAUAGCCUAUUUAUUCUAGGGCUUUGGAUUUUCCCCCCAUAGCCCCACCCC